AUGAUGAAAAUCAUCAGAACCAGCUUAGUUCAGAUGCAAGUUGGUGCAGACCGCCUUAAAAAUUUGGAAAAUGCAGCCAAACUCAUUGCAGAUGCCAAAAAACUAGGAGCCCAAUUGGUGGCCCUUCCUGAAUGCUUCAACUCACCGUAUGGAACAAACUUUUUCCAUGAAUAUGCUGAAACAAUCCCGAACGGGCCAACUUCUAAUAUGUUAUCUGAAGCUGCUAGAGAAAAUUCGGUAUAUUUAGUAGGCGGUACAUUUCCAGAGAUAGAAAACAACAAAUAUUACAACACCUGUACCGUUUGGAAUCCGCAUGGAAAGCUAAUUGCCAAAUUUAAAAAAAUGCAUUUAUUUGAUAUUGAUAUUCCUGGAAAAAUAACAUUUAAAGAGUCCGAUAUUUUGAGCCCUGGUAGUGACUUGGUGACAUUUGAUGUGGAGGGUGUGAAAGUAGGACUAGGAAUAUGCUAUGAUUUGAGGUUUGAAGAACUAGCAAAACUGUAUAGAUUGCAAGGAUGCAAAGUUCUAAUUUUCCCAGCUGCCUUCAAUAUGACCACCGGACCCAUUCAUUUUGAGCUACUCCAGAGAGCAAGGGCUGUGGAUAACCAACUUUUCGUUUGCGCUAUCAGCCCUGCACGCAAUGAAUCUGGAUACAUUGCGUGGGGGCAUUCCCAGAUCACGAGUCCUUGGGGGAAAGUGAUGGUUCAAGCAAAAGACAAAGAAGAAAUCAUACAAGCCGAUAUCGAUUUAACUGAGUGUGAUGAUGUCAGACGACAAAUUCCGAUUUUUUACCAAAGGAGAAUUGAUCUUUAUGAUACUAUUAAGAAAAAAUAG